CCAGACUAUUUUAGGAUCAUGAAAUAUAUUUAAGGGUUGCAAACGAAAGAGAGAUUUAUACCCUAGACAAUAAUAAUAGAGGUGGAAGAAACAUAGAUAAGAGGACACAUUUGGCAGCUUGAGAUACAAGUCAAACAUAUACAUGAACAAGGAACAGAGAGACAGAAAGAAUCAGCCAAAGAAGCUAGGAUCGUAGCCAUUGCUAGAAGUGGCCAAGACAUAAUAAGCAACAAUGUGGCCAAUAGAACCCCAAGCAAGAACAUCCACGAUGUUGAAUCCAACAGGGUCGUUCGAUUUCAAGAGGCUAACGUACUCCUUGGCACGAUCGUCUCCGGCUUCGAAGUGGGUUUUUCCGUUUUGCUCCGGCACCUGCUUCGCCACAUUCUCUCUCUGGAAGUUGAAGAAGACGAACCGGCCGAGGAAGAGGGAGAGACCAGUGCUGAGGCUUAUAACGACGGAUGGGCUGAGCUCGGCUCUCACGACGGCGGAGGAAGAUCUUCUCCCGGAGGUGGUUGUGGAGAGCUUGGGUAAGGCGGAGGAGGAGGAGCCAGCGAGGCGGAGAGAACGGAGGCCGUGGAAUGAGAUGGAGUUGGGGUUUUUCUGGGAGAUUGUAGUGGAGAAGGUUGUUGUGGGUGUGAGCAAAGCAGAUGCGCUUGUCGCCAUGUUUUCUUCUUCUUCUUCUUCUUCUUUCGGAGAGUUCUUUCUUUUUUCUUUUAGCGCAAGAGAGAAUGAGUGGUUUUAGAUUUAUGAUCUUCUU